GUGUCUCUUCCAAGUUCUUCCACAUGCAUCUUUCACUAUGGAGAGCCUUGAUCUUUCAGUGCAGUCAGAUUCUUCUUUUUCAGUAGAGGCAAGUAGUGAUGAUGUUUUCCGUGAGUACAAAAAAGAAUAGACCCCUAUCAAAUGUCAGUAUUGGCCUAGGAGAGUACCAGCAUACUCUUGAAGAAGUUUUGACUUGGCUUCUAGGGGCUGAAGACAGACUAGCCGCUAUGCCACCAAUUGCUGAGUCAACUGAUGAAGUAAAGGAUCAGUUUCAUGAUUUAGAGGAGUUAAUGCUUGAGCUAACUUCUAAGCAAGGAGGCAUUGGAGAUGUCUUAGGAGAAGGGUCAAGAUUGUUACGGGAAGGUGUAAUGGAAGAGGAAGAGGAAGAGGAAGUCAGAGUUCAGAUGAAACUUCUCAACACCCGUUGGGAAGAACUCAGAGUCAAGGCAAUGGAUCGUCAGUCCAAGCUUCAUGAGAAACUAUGGCACUGCAACAGAAUCAGUUAGACAGCUUAAAACGGUGGCUCACUGAAACAGAGGACCGCAUUGCAAACAUGAGUCAGGUUGGACCAACUUUAGAAGCAUUGGAAGAACAAAUAGCAGCUCAUCAGAGUCUUCAGACAGACUUGGAAAAGGAACAGUCUAACAUCAAUUCCCUAUCAAACAUGG